GUGAAUUUUCAUCCCCCUUUACUGGUGGGAUCGAUAAAAAACAACUAACCCUCGAAAGCGCCUACUGCGCAGGACAACAUUUACGAAAACGCAAUACUUGCAACGUAGCAAACGAAAAGCGUGUGUUUGGAAGUGUUUUUUUUUCUUCUGUUUUGCAUCCUAGUGGGCUCUAGCGAAUAUGAGAACAGAGCCUCGUCGUGAAACCAUUUUCUAGAGCUUUGGCAGUUGGUGAGAAGUUUCCGUGGAGUACGUAACGCCAGGUUGGGUCUAGCCGCGAAAAAUAACCGUGCUGGGCUUCCAUUUCUGCUGCUGCCGCCUUCACUUGUUGUGAGGUGCGCUUUGGUUUUUCUCCUUACUCACGCCCAUGACUGACACCCGUAGGAUGAGUGUUGAGUGUUAUAUUUUUCGCUAGUGAAUCAAAGUGUUAUUCCAUAGAAAAUUGAGAGCUAUUAGUGGAAAUUUGUGAAGUGAAAAUUUUCUAUAUCAUGUUUUGUUAGGACAGCUGUAAGGAUAUCGCACGAAAAUGGAGCAAGCCCGUGUGCACGUAAAGGGCAAACAUCGAAGUUCGCGAUCUGGAUCUAGUUCCCGUAGAAUAUCCAGUAGAAGUGGUCACCACAGUCGAGUCGAGCUAGAGCAAACCCCUAGCAACUCAAGGGAGGAACUCGAUGAACUGGCUAAAAAUAGAACACCUUCCGUGAGGGGCCGCUCGCGUGCUGAUGAAAAUGCGGACAGUGGCAGUACGACAACGAAUGCCAGCACGAAAACCACCAACAAUAAUAACAAUAAUAACAACAACAACAAUAACGAUGAUGCAACUGAUAACCAAACUGCUUCCGAUCAGCCCGUGGAGGGUGCGCCUAUUGAGCUAGCCGUUCCCGGUGGUACGGAUGACAAGCUGCAAAAGGGCAUUCUCGGUUACAUGGACCGCCAGCUAAAGGUGCAAUCACUGUCCGAUCCGCAGAAAAGUCCAGCCCAGAGAAGCGCCCGUAGCAGGAGCAGCCUGGAGAAAAGCCCACGCAGAAAGCGCAGUAAAUCUGAAUCCCGUAGGCGACGGGAGCGGAAGAUCAUUGCUGCUGGGGAGAUGGAAGUACGACAAGCCAACGAAACGCUGAUGCGGUACUUGAAACAGUGCUCCGACUUCAACGAUGCGUCCCUUUCCGGUGAUCUGGAGAUACCGGAGAAUCUGGAGGACAGGCGGGUACAUCGGAAAACCAAAUCCCAGCGGGAGCGGAAGCAUCAACAGCAGAACGCGGCAAAAACUGGAGGAAGCGACACGGGCAACUACCAUGGCGAAAUUUACAAUCCCUUCACGCCUGUCGUUUCACCCACGACGGAAGGGGCUCCGACCAGGAUCGACAAGAUGUACAUACAGACGGCCAGCGGAUAUAGACCAGUAGACAAUACUUACCACCACAAUCAUCAUCACCAUUCACAGCAUCAUCACUCUUAUAAUCCUAAGAACCGAGUGGGUGGUGAUCCUGGGAGCAAUAACCACACAAUAAGCACAGCGGUGCAUCUGUCAUGUGCAGUGCAACGAAUCUGGUUGCACAUUGCGUCCGUCUGCCAUGGUCUGCUUGGAGGACUCGCGCUGGCCCACCUGCUACUGAUCUGUACAACCCGGCCGUACGACUGGGUCGAAGCAUCCAUUCGGCACUAUUCGGCAUUCGCGGAAGUGUACGCCAACACAUUCUACUGCUUGGCUAUCGUCUGCAUGGUUUCAAUAUUUGAUAGGAUGGAUAUAGCGCACUUCAGCCUGUCCAGUGCUGGGGAUAAUAACAACAGCAGCAACAACAACGUUUCCUUCCGGUCGGUGAUAAUCAUCAUGACCUAUGCAGCAACGAUCAUCCUCAGUCUAUCGGCUGGUUCGAUGGACGAACGCCUUUACCUGUCUGCCUCGAAUGUGACGGUGUGGGAGGAAGAGCUGGAAACGAACAAAGUACUAAGCAUCUGGAAUACACUGUCAAUAGCUCGAAGUGUCGGUGCCAUUUUCGGAUGGGCAGUGAUUGGAAUGUCAACCGAUCAGGACCAGCUGUAUGGGCACCUGCUGGAGAUGGAAAAGUAUCAACUGCAGUAGGUGACGCGUACUGCCCUCUAGGGAGUCAGUGCUCUCAAGUUUGUCGAUUUUUUGACAUUAUUUUGAUCACUCUAGGAUGUGGUGCAUGUAUGAAAUUUUUUAACAUCGGUACAGAAGUAUUUGCGGUGUGUUCAUUUGAUUUUUUCAACUAUGCAUAGGUAAAGUAUCGAACGUCUUCCGCAGUAUUUUUCUUAGGCUGGUUUUCUGCAGCAUUCUCAUGCCGAAGAAAACCAUUGCCGAAGACUUUCGAUACCCUACUUGUUACUUUUCAAUGAGUAAAAUUUCAAUCAUUUGAUGUCAGAGAAGAUGAAACAUACAUGGCACUAGUGAUUUUCACGAGGUCUAGCUGCAACAAAGGAGUUACUUUUUUUUAAACAUUGUGAUAUUUUAUUUGAAAUCUAAUAAGCCGUAGAAAUAGGUUUCGAAAUAAAUUGGAGUGGUUGAACAAACCACCGAUUCUGUUAGGUUGUUGCUAGGUAACAUACAUAUUCAAUUUUGAAGUGUCAAUUCAAUUUAAUCGGCCGCGUGCCGAUAGCUUGCUUCACAAGUACAAUUUUGAAACAUGAUGUACGAAAAACUUGCAGUCCAGUAAUGCUACAAGUUUGUUGAAUAGUGCAAUGCUCUAACUCUUAUGCCUAAAAUGUGAGAGCUCAGUGGAAUAUUCAACCAAUAUUCGUGGUGAAUAUCAUAAUAUUACAACAAGUGACGAUAAGUUUGUCAUACAGUAUUCCUCUAAAUUGUACUUGUGGAGCAAGCUAAGGCACGCGGCGAAAAAGUACCCUACAAUUGAAUAUGCAACCUUGGUAACAUGUCAAUAAUACUGUAACCAUAGUAACUAUCCUUGGGAUUGUACUAUUUCUUGUUUGCAACGCAUGGUGCGUGAAAAUGGAACAACAGUUUGAUCACGAAGUAAUCAAACAUCAAAAUGAUAACUCUGCCUUUUUAUAUGCAGGGUUUUAUCUUUGUUUAUUAUAUGAUGUAUAGAACUUGGUCAACAAAAAGGCAUGGAGUGGGGAAGCGUUUUUUUGCCUUGAAGGGUUGAAGAUGAAGUAUCACUUAGCGACAGCAAAAAUCUGUUUUCGUGUUUGUUUAGGUUUCCUUACUAGUUAGGCAAAUGUAAAUCUCAAAUUCGUGUGUUUUAAGCGUUUUAAGUUGUGAAUCGCUUCAUAAAUGAACACAUUGGAUGAAGUCAUCUUGCUCAAAAAUUUUAAAUUUAAAUCAAAAUCUAUUCGCGUUUAUUUGUGUUUUGUCCACUCCCGCAGUUUUUACGUUUAUAAAGUUGUUUAUAAACCAAUUUAGGGUAGAUCUGCUUAAUAUAGACCACUUCCUUUAGUGGACCACCUGAACUUCUUACACCAAAUGACACAUUAUAAAUAUACUUAUUUUGAUUUAUGCUUUGACAACUUUAAUAAUGUUCUUCAUUAGAAAUAUCGCAACAGACUUUACUAUAAUAUACUUCAAUAAAGCUGCGAAAAAUGUCUUUUAAAAACAGCUACCUGGUUUGCCAUGGUUCUGUACUGGCUGUACUGACAUCACACUUUCCGAGCGAAAAUUAUCAGAUUUUCGAUGAACGGGUAGGAUAAUAGUGUCUUUAAAAGACGAGCAAUAAAUUUUACUAGAAAAGCACUUGAAAUAUUGAAAAAAAUAGUGGCCCAAUUAAGGGUGGAAAUAAUACUGUUUUCCUUAUUCCGGCAUGCUUCAUUCCGAACAAGAGCUAUCAUCGAAAUAACGCCGCGAAUCAAAGUUAUCAUAAAUUUGUUAUGAUCGUGUUAUUGUACAAAAUUGCUGCUAAAAUGGGAAAAACGCUGAAAAUUGGUAAAAAAUAUAAUGAAGCAGCUGUUACUGAGUGUCUUCAAGUAAUAAAAAGUGGUGUUUCGACUAGAGGAGCUUGCAGGCGCUCCAAUGUUCCACGAUCCACCGUAAUGUUCCGUGCAAGCAGCAAGUGGUCAGGAAAACCACGAAAAGGUAAACAAUCUGCAUUGACUGCCGCGGAAGAGGAUUCAAUUGUUGGCUGGAUAAUUCGGAUGGCACGUAAAGGAUUCCCUAUUACGAAAGAACGGGUGCAGUCUACAGUUGACCCAGAUCCAGAACUCUCAGUGCGUAAGCCAGAGUUAGUUUCAUCAGCGGCAGCUACGGUUAAAGAGAUGUAUUAUUUAGACCUGGCCCAAAUUAGGAAAUUGUUGUGGUCCAAAUAAGGAAACGGUGGCCCAUUAAAGGAAACUGAAACGAUGAUUCAUUUGUUUUAUUAUAAGAAAAUAGAGGUAUUAACUAGUUGUUUUUAAUGCACAAAAGAUGAUAAACAUGUUACUUCAUGUUUAUACAUAAUGAAAUUCAGUUUAGAUAUUUACACUUUUUCUUGCGAAAUUUCAAAUGGAACCAUCCUGGAUAAUACAUCCAAAUUCAAUAGGUAGUAAUUCUUGAACCGCGCUUUCACCUUUCCUUCUUCGCUUACUACUGCUCUUCUUUAUUGAGCAUUGUUUGUUAGUUACUCCUGCUCAGUAUGGGCAAUCUACCUUCACAGCCGGCAUAUCGAGACGAAUCACAACGGCCAGCAAUUCGAUGACUUCCCGAUGCGAUGAGCUUCCCGAGGACCGGAACCCGAAGUACCUUUUUCCUCCGCAAAGACAUUUACAAAACCAUCUAACCAACGUACAAGCAAACCCAAAACCAAAUCCAGGACAGCUGGUGCCGGAUCCGCACGGCUAUCAUGGAGACCACAACGGUGACGCUAUGAGUGGAGACACUAACCGGCAGAAACUACUGAUAUGGUGUGGAAUGUGGGGCAGCAAUGAAUGAGAAGAACAGGACCUGGGCGAUAUACCUGGAAAGUCAACUAGGAAGAACAAGGCUAAGACGUAACAGCGAUACGCAGAAGUUCUAAGAGAAGGUUAACCAGUUUCGCAGAGGUUCUGAGCUGUCUUGGGAUGGCUCACAGAAGCCAGCGGAACAGAAACUGAUCUACGAGAUGUUCAUGAUGUUUGUUGUGAGAUCGGGAAGCAGAAGAACAACAAAGCCGCCGGCAAAGACGGACUGCCGAGCGAGCUCUUUAACUAUGGCAAAGGUGCGCUGGCUAGUGCACUGCACUGGUUUAUUUCCAGGAUUUGGGAAAAGCUGCCAGACGAGUGGAAGGAACGAGUCGUCUGCCCCAUCCACAAAAGAGUGACAAGCUGGAGCGCCACAACUACCGCGGCAUUUCGCUUAUUAAUGUCGCCUACAAAAUACUCUCACAAAUCCUGUUUCGUCGUCUAUCGCCCCUAAUCAGGAAAUUUGUGGGUCAGUACCAAGCAGGUUUAUGGGAGCCCGUGUCACCAUGGACCAGAUAUUUUUAUUUCGACAGAUCUUACAGAAGUUUACAGAGUACUGUGAAAGCAGCGGAAGGUGCUGUUGGAGUCGUCGAGAGGAAUCGACAAAACGGCUGGUUCGACGAGAAGUGUCAAACAAUGCUAGACGAGAAAAAAGCAUUGUGGGAAUUGAUACUGCAGCGAAGGACCCGUCAUAACUUGAGCUGAUACAAACAGAAACUAAGACAGCAGAGCCAUCUCUUUCGGGAGAAAAAGCGCCGCCUGGAAGAGCUGGAGUGUGAGGAAAUGGAGCAGAUGUAUCGUCCUCAAGAAACACGUAGAUUCUACAAUGAAAUAAGCGCGUUUCGGGUCAAAGAUGGAGGAAUCUUGACGGAUGAACGUGAGGUGAUCGACAGGUGGAAGCAGCACUACAAAUAGGAUCUGGAAUACAGAACAGCUACCGGAAGAGUAGAAGGAGGGAAGAAUAUACCCAAUAUACAAGAAGGGCGACAAGUUGGAAUGUGAGAAUUACCGAGCGAUCACGAUUCUAAUCGCAGCCUACAUUGUGUUCUCCCAGAUCAUCCUUUGCCGUGUCUCGUCGUUAGCACGAAGGUUUGUGGGAUGUUUUCAAGCCAAUUUGGUGGAUAGGCGAUCGACAACGGAUCAAAUCUUUACGCUGCGGAAAAUCCUCCAAAAGUAUCGCGAAUACCAAGUCACCACGCACCACCUAUUUAUUGAUUUUGAGGCAGCCUACUACACUAUCGACCGUGUAGUGCUAUGGAAAGUUGGUCGCCGUGCGACCAGACCGAACCAUGCGCCAGAAACAUUAUUUCGAGUAAUUGGCGAUCAAAGUUUAACCACCCCGUAUAUUUCCUGCAGGCUGCUGCAGAGAAAUUUUGUUAUAAUACCAUUAUAAACUGUUCAAAUGAUUUCGUUUUUUCAUGAAAGAUAGAUUAUCAAUUUUAACAUCCACUGGUGAUAAAAACUCGAUUUUUAAAAAAUGGCACUUGGUUCGGUCUGGUCACACGCCGACCAGUUAUGGACGAAAAUGGCUUCAUUGGAAAAUUAACAAGACUGAUUAAGGCCACGAUGGAUGGUGUACAGUGCUGUGUAAAGAUUGAAGGGUACUGGCUGAACAGUACACCAAGCUGAAACGUGAAGCAGAAAAGGUUGAAUAGAAGGUGAAUACGUCGAAGACCGAGUAUGUCAAGAAUCGAGCGCGUUAGGGCUCGCAAAGGAAGUAGUGUAGUGUUCGAUGGGGAUGAGUUCGAAGUGGUUGGCGAAUUUCUGUGCCUCGGAUCAUUGGUAACAUCAGACAACAACUGCAGCGGAGAAAUCCGCAGACGUAUUGUAGUUGAGAGUCGUGCCUACAAGACGUUGAGGUCUGGCAAACUCCGCUCCCGUACCAAGUGCACCAUGUACAAGACGCACAUAAGACCGGAAAUGCUCUAUGGGUACGAGACAUGACCAAUGCUCGAGUAGAAUUUGCAAGCACUAGCCGUUUUCGAACGACAUGUGCUUAGAACCAUCUUAGAGGAAUAUGUGAGGAUGGCGUAUGGAGGCGAAGAAUGAACCACAAGCUGUCACAACUCUACGGUGAGCCAAGUAUCCAGAAACAACAUGCGGAACAUGCUGUAAGAAUGCCGGACAACAAUCCCGCAAAAAUAGUGUUCGUCUCGAAUCCGGCCGGUACAAGACGUAGAAGCGCGCAACGAACUAGGUGGUUGACCCAAGUGGAGCAAGAUCUUGGAAAUAUAGGACACUCAAGAAACUGGAGAUGUGCGUUUGCGUAACAUUGUGACCAAGGUUGUUAAUACGACAGAUAAUCGUCGAUAAUCGUCAUCGCCGUUACCGAUAACGUAUGGUAUCGUUAUUGACGAUGACCAUAGCGUCUUCAAACAUUACCGAUAUCGGCGAUCAGUUUUGUCUGGUGGUAGCGAAUGGUGCAACGACGAUCAAAAAGCAGGCACGGGGUGAGGAAACGUUUUGAAGUAGAAUACUUCUCUCAGGAAGUUCGGCUACAUAGGGAUGUAAAAUGAAAAUCUAAAACCGAAAAAAGUUAAAAAUAUGUCCAAUUUCAAAUGCUAAUAAAUCGGUUAGUAUUCGAUGGAUUUCCUUCGUUCUUGCAGCAGUAGAUUGGAAAAUCUUCUAAGAUUCAUCCCAAAUGAAGAUGAUUGUAAUUUUAUUAUUCAAACUAUUGUACUAUUGAAAAUAGUCAAGCCUUGUCAAAACGCAAAAUUCGACCUCUGAUUGGUCGUUACAUGAUUGCUUCCCAAGCACAGUCGACAGAAUCAUAUACCUUGCAAUUGAAAAUAUGCUGUUUGGCCUACAUAAAAGCCUGUUUCAGCCGAAGCCGUUUAUAAUAGUUCUAGACAGCGACAACAGCAGUCAUCCCUUAGCAGUAGCAGUGCAGUGGAUACCAGCGAUAGCGGAUAGCGGCGGAGCAAUGGAUGGCGCACUAGUUGAUGCAGGGACAGCGGAUACCAAUGGCAGCGUAUAGCGGCCACAACUGUGGCAUGGCUACGAUUAGCGUAGCAGUUGCAGCGGAUAUAUCUGACCAUAAAGCAUGUAUGCAAUAAUUGAAUGAAAAUUGCAAUUGCAGCAAUCGACCUUUUUCAAGGCUACUAAAUGUUUUUGGAAGAGCAUAAUGAAUGGUUAUUAAUAAACCGCAACUGAGGUUUUAUGCUGCUGAAAAUACACAGCAGUGUGAUGUUUAUUACGAUUUGUUGAUACUGUGCUUAACAAGCGGUAUAUACGAAACCAAUCCGAUUUCAAAAUGACUGACACGCAAACAGCCGGGUUAUCUUCCUUGUAAAAGUAUUCUACUUCAACCUUGCGGUCGUGGCUUUGCACACAACCCUCCUGUGAUUUUUUCACUUCGGAGGGUUGGAGACGAAACAUCACUAGGCAACAGGAAGAAACUUUUCCUUAUUUUUUUAUGUUUCGCUUCUAAUCAGGAAAAUAAAUGCCUCAGUUUUAACUUAUGAGGCGCCUUUUGAUGGACAAAUUCGAAUAGGAAGGUAAGUAGCAUUGUCAUAUUUGCAUUUGAAAUGCAUCUAAAUGAUAGAUCUAAUGAAGCAAAAGAUGGUAUUGCAGUGGUUGGUAAUAAACAAACGUUAUUGAUUUGAUACCGUCCAGUAGCUAUCGUCUUUGACAAUGAUGAUAAUGUCUGAAGACGUAAGCGUCAUCGUCGAUAACGAUAACAGACGGUAUCGCUAUCGGCGUUUACGAUGAAUUAUCGAUUAACAAACUUGAUUGUGACGCUGGUGAAAUCCUGAGGGAUGUUUCACCAGGGAAGUAAGUAAGUAGAUCUUACAGAAAUUUCGCUAUUAGAACGUGCCUAUACAUCACAUCUUCAUAUGAUACAUUCUACCGAGAACAGCUAUGGCAGAUCAUACAAGACAACGGAUUUCAUGGUGCAAUCUGGAGGGCGGGCAUCGACACAAAAGGCAUGACUUUCACAAUGUAGUUCAACUCUGGGCUAUCGCGAAUGACUUUGAUAUCAUAACACUCAUUCGUCACUGAUUAGCGCCGACAAUAGCACCUGCAAAGAGAUUCAGGGUUGCAUCCAGGCUGGAAAUCGUGCUUACUUUUCACCUCGAAAGACACUUAGAUAGAAUCGAGUGUGACGACGCACGAAGUUGACGCUGUACUUAACCCUGGAAAAUCGGUAGUACUCAACGGAGUCGAGACAUCAACGUUUCUCGCGAAAGACUUGAACGUCCUUCGAAUUUUCGAACGAAAGGUGCUGCGAACUAUCUACGGCAGAAUACAAAUAAAGAUUUACGCUUCGUAUGAAGUGUACACCCAUACCGGGAUAUUUUAAGGGUUCCCAUAGCCUUUUUCGAAGAACUGUUAUCUUAUUUUAUCCGUUAUGUGCUCGAUGGGUAAAAACCUUGUUGUCAAUAGUGAUAGAAGUCAGUGAUACUUCAGAACUCGUUGGAAGGCAACUUUUGAUAACACUACUUUUUAUACAAGGUGGGGGUGUACUAUUAAAUUAUUAUAUUACGUAACGUACCUACGUACUCGAUGCAAUUCCUAGACACCUACAAAUUUAAAAUCUUGUAACUUUCUAAAUUUGUAUGCAAUUUCCACAGUUUACCGCCAAAAGAUUUAGUAACUUAUCUUCUUUCAAAUCAGCAUCAGUGGUGCCCCGAAAGAUUUUUGUAAUUUCCGGUGACCAAGUUUUCUGGGUAUAUGUGCUGGAUCUGAGGAAUUUUGUAGAAACUUACACAGAUUCUUCCAUAUAUUGGUUAUAGAAUCAUUCCUACAGCCCGUUUUUAUAGUUUUCGGGUGUUUUGGUGAUAAACUUUUACUGGGGUUGACGUUAAUUUACGUCUUUUUCCAGUGAGAGAUUUUCAACAUUCACAGGCUGCCGACAGCUCCAUUAUCUUGAAGAGACGAUAAAACUGCUCAUUCAUUAUUUGAUUUUGUUUUAUGUUUGAUGGUUGCCAUACCGCAUAGAGUGAUUUCAAGAUAGUGUCGUAUAAUCGCCAUACCAAUAACCCGUUCGAAAUGAAGAUCAAUCUGACGAUAAUAACCCUUUACCAUAAGACAGCUACUAAACAAUAAAUCUUCGUAUGACAGUAAAUGUGAAUUCAAUUGUAAAUACGUAUCUAAGCAGAACAAUUUAGAUAAUACAGCAGAGAACAAACAAGCAGAAGAACAGGUUAUCUGAAUUAAUUCUUGAGAUAUUUUUUGUCAUACUCAAACAGUGGCUAAGAAAACUAAGGCCAACGUUAUCCAAAUAUUUUCCGCUUAUCCUUACGUUAUCAUUCUAUCAGUGCAACAUCAUAGUAAGCUUUGAGCCUGAAACUGCAAAAAAGUUCAAGUUCACCACUGGCAACCUGUUCUUCUCGCUAGUGCAGCAUAUACGAUACGACCGGAGAGGAUAUUCGAUUGAAUAUCGAACAAAUUAUAGCUAACCGCCGCUUCAUUGCGUAAAUUUAAAUGCGGAUGCUAACCAAUAAUGUAACAAUAAUCAGCAAACAAAAAAGGAGAACUUAUGGACUACAAUAGGAUACAGAAACAUGGAAAUACCAACCAGAUCAUUACUCAAUCGUCAAAAUCCAAAUUACAUCGGCAGCAGAAAGAAAAAAAAAAUAUUCCAAUAUACUCUAAAGAUGUUUGUUGUUUCGCCCAAUUUUAGAAAAACUAUGAUUGAUUCUCUAGCUAUGAAACGAUAUCAGAAACCAGCUGAAGUUACUCUCCUUAAAACUUGCAGAACAAUUACUAAUCUACCAACAACCGCCAGAUCAGAUCAGUUAUCUUUUAGUCUACACUCUAGCCAGUAAGAUCAAUUGUGUAAAUAGCUAUAUAACAUGACUGUAGCCUAAAAACAACAAAUAAGAGUUAGUUAAUAAUGUAAAACAACGUGAACACAAGGAACUUCAAAUGAUGCAGACACACAAAAAGCAUACACUUCUAGGGCAAUGUAAUAAUGUGACAGACGUUAAGCGAAGGACUGAAACUAGCAAAAAAUAGUGUUAAAAUUAUGGUAAUACAAAACAGAAACAGCAAAUGGUAGAAAUUGCAUACAAAAAAAUAAUACAAUGAGAUAAUCAAAUGAUAGCGACGGGAACGAAACAAAUCAUGUUUAUACAAGUUGAUUAGAGAAAGAGAGACAGCGAUGGAGUGAAAGAGACGAGCGUAAACGCUAGAUGUGACAAAUUGUGUGAUUAGCCUUUCAUAUUGCUUCUUCAACAUUGCGGCUGAAUUUGUUCUGCGUUUUAACUCAACAUAAUUCUAUACUAUGUUGCCAAUGGAAAUCGACGAUUUGAACAAAAAAUAAUCGAGCUUAAAUUUUUCUUAGCAAUCAGAACAUGUAUGUUUUGAUUUGUUUGCUUUAUCGUGUUUUUUUUUGUUGCACAUACAGCUUAUACUUAUCCUUAGCAUAUAGUAAUGCAUUGGCUGAUAGAUACACAGUCACAGGAAUACAAAAAAAAAUGCUACCAGCAAAGUGAACGUUUCCAGUCAUAGAGCAGGAAAACACGUGAGUGAAGUUGAUAUUUAUGAAAAUAUAUCCUAGUUUUAAGGCCAACUGAGAUUUAACAAUUGACGUAGCAAACCACAUGGAGAACAAAAAUUAUAAAGUGUAUGAUACUCGGUUUUGUUAAAAUAUUGCGUUAGGAAAUACAUAAAUAAAUGGGUACAAGCAUUAAGA